GAGCAAGAGAAAGUGGCCUCGUCGACGCGUCGGCGCGGAGAAUCGCGGGUGCGAGUGCGUGGCGACCCGUCGACGAACUCGUCGACUCCGUAAAUCGUCGUCGUCGGCGGAGACGAAGCCGAAGCCACGGACGGAACGGUAUCGGAGACGAACAUGAAGUUUACGCGAUCACCUUCGACGCCGUUGGCCCUAGCUCUGGCGUUGGCUUUGUUUUCGUCGCUCGGUCGUUGCGACGCUUCGGAAAGCAUAAUAGGAAGCCGCGAAACAUGCGACGUCGAGGGUGAAGACUUCACCGUGGACAAGAUCCCGAACACCAGAUGCUUCAAUUGCUUGUGCAAGAACGGUUUCGUCGAAUGCAGGAAACAGCAAUGCCCUAGCAUCGAAGGUUGCUACACGCUGCUGGAGCCGCGCGAGGACGAAUGCUGCCACAGGUGCAAAGGUUGCGCGCGGAACGGAGCGUAUCACGAGUCGGAGACCGAAUGGACCGAGGGAAACGACCCGUGCCGAAUCUUCGUUUGCAAGGCCGGAGUGAUCACCGAAUCCCGGCUAAGAUGUUACACGCCCUGCUCGAACCCGAUCCCGGCAGCGCCCGGUCAUUGCUGUCCCGUAUGCCUGGGAUGUCACGUGAACGGACAAAUGGUGACCGCGGACAGGUCGGUGACGACCAGCGAGGAUCCUUGCGUCACUUGCAGAUGCAACGCGGGACGACUGACGUGCGCCAAGCAAGCUUGUCCGGUGUUGCACUGUCCAGCAUCGAGGAUCGUUCACGAUCCUGGCGAGUGUUGUCCCCGUUGCAAAGGUAGCGGCAGAUACUUGUCUCCGCCGAAGGGCGCGUGCAUGUUGGGGACGGCCGUCUACAAUUCCGGAAAUCAGUUCUACUUGGACCAGUGCACGCGAUGCAGUUGCUCGAAUUCGGCGGUCUCGUGCGCCCGAGAAACCUGCCCCGUGCACGACUGUCCCACCGAGCAUCAGAUCACGCUACCGGGUCGUUGCUGUCCGCAGUGUCCCGAGGUCGAGGAAGUACGACCGUCUUGCACGUACGCGGGCAAAACCUACGGGGAUGGCGAAACUUGGAAGCUAGACUCGUGCAAGGCAUGCGCUUGCAUGCAAGGUAAGGUACGAUGCGCGAUGCCGAUGUGUCCGCCGUUGAAUCUACCCUGCCCGCCGAACUCGAGGCUGGAGCAUCCAGAGGGGCAGUGUUGUCCUCGUUGCGUGGAAAGCGACGGCGUGUGUACGGUGUUCGGGGACCCGCAUUAUCGCACGUUCGACGGAAAGUUUUACAGCUUCAAGGGAGCGUGCAAGUAUCAGUUGGCCAGCGAUUGUACCGGGCACACGUUCAGCGUCAGGGUGACCAACGACGCCAGGGCCAGCAGGUUCUCCGCUUGGACCAAGACGAUCGCCAUCAAGGUGGGCGAUCUAAAAGUGAAUCUAGGACAAAAGAUGCGCGUGAAGGUGAACGGAAAGAAGGUGGAUGUGCCGUAUCGCGUAGCCGAUCGACUGGACGUGAACCGAACAGCGGACAGCGUGAUCGUGAGCACGCGGAUCGGAAUCAAGGUUCUCUGGGACGGAAUCAGCUUCCUCGAGGUAUCGGCACCGACUUCGUACCGAGGUCGACUCUGCGGUCUCUGCGGCAAUUUCAAUUCUCUGCCGAAGGACGACUUCACUAAUCGAAGGGGCCGACUGGUACAGGAUCCUCAACCGUUCGGCCAGUCGUGGCUCGUCGGCGCGAAGAAAAGCUGCGCCAGGCCGAAACCGGCGGCCAACCUCGACCGGGCUAGACGUUGUCGCGGACGCAAGGAUCAUCGGUUGUGCAAUCGACUGAGGUCGCAAAUCUUCGACGCGUGUCACAAGAAGGUGAAUCCGACGAUGUACUACAAGGCUUGCCUGCAGGACAUGUGCGAGUGUCCCAGCGAAAACUGCUACUGCGAGUCGUUUACGGCGUACGCGCACGAGUGCAAGAGACUGGGCAUCCAGCUGCCCCAUUGGCGGAAAGCGACCAGAUGUCGAACCGGUUGGGACCAGGCUGCGCGCUCGUUGUCGCUCGCGCCGCUCGCGCCGCGUUUGCCUUGACCCCCACCGCCGUCGGAGCUUCGUCGAUAACGUCUCGAAUCGCCGAAUCACCGUCGAAUACCCGAAUACGCGAACAGCCGAUCGAACGCGACCUACCG